AUGCGAAUGACAUUCUUGACUGCCUACAUUCUCUCAUACAUCACAAUGCUUGUCCGUAUUCUCGGGGCAAAAUACAAGAAAGGGGGUCAUCGACGAACUACCUGUUCGUUAAUCGCGAUUAACCGUCAUCUAAACACCAAACUAUUGCUCUCCACAGAUUACAGAACGGACCAUACUGCAUUACACGGUGGUUAUCGUAGCAGCCGCAAAACGUUUCAGCUGCUCCCGCAACUAAAUAAAUCGGACGGGCAACAGAGUACGUGGGGACCUUGUAAACCUAAUGGGAUAAAGGGCGAUUCACCAAUCGCUCAUGCUGGCUGA